CGCCAUCGUCGACAUCGUCCGCGAUCUCAUAGGCUCCGAUGAAGGCCUCCGCCCUCUCUCCUCCCGCUCCGACCGCCUCCUGCCCCCUCUCUCCCGCCUCCUCCGAGAUCCAGCGGAGCUCUCCGCUCCCGAGGCCGAAGCUCUGAUCAAUCUCUCCCAGGAUCAUGGGAUUGCGGAGGAGCUUGUAUCCAUUGGAACCGUGAGUACUGCUAUGGAUGUGAUGUAUAAGGUUGGAGAUCGUAAAGUUGUGAGGUUGAUGGUGAUGCUGUUGGCCAAUUUGACUCAAUUGGAUUCUGGAACUAGGUCUCUUCUUCAGGGUUUUGGGCGUGUAUUGAUGAAGCUCGUUCUGUAAUAUUGAGAAGAAGAGGGUUUUGGGAUGAAUAGUGCUUUCAGCGAGCAGAUACCGGCAGAUAAGCUCUCGAAGCUCAAUAGCACUCAGCAAUGUAUUGAAACUUUAUCACAUUGGUGUAUAUUUCAUCGGAAGAAUGCAGAACAAGUUGUUCAAACAUGGGAUAAGCAAUUCCAUAGUGCCCAAAAAGAGCAAAAAGUACCACUUCUAUAUCUUGCCAAUGACAUCUUGCAAAACAGCAAGCGGACAGGAUCAGAGUUUGUUGGUGAGUUUUGGAAGGUUCUUCCAGCAGCCGUCAAAGUCGUUAUGGAGAAUGGUGAUGAUCAUGGAAAGAAUGUUGUUUCUAGACUGGUUAAUAUUUGGGAAGAAAGAAGAGUUUUUGGAUCUCGUGCACGAGGCCUUAAGGAUCUAAUGCUUGGUUCUGAACCUCUCCCUGCAUUGGAAUUGAAUAAAAAGCGCUCACGUUCUGGUUCUGUAAAGAUCAUGAGAAGAGAUUCGCGCUCUAUAAAAACAAAAUUGUCUAUUGGAGGAACAGCUGAAAAGAUUGUCUCUGCACUUCAUACUGUGCUGAGCAAACACCCAGACGAGGAUACAGACCUGGAAAAGUGCAAGAAUGCAGUACGUCGUCUAGAAAAGAUGGAGAAGGAUGUUGAAGUAGCUUGUGCUCAAGUGCUAGGAGGUAAUUUCAUCUGGGAUGAAAGGGAUUCUGAAUUCGUAGAGGUGUUCGGGACUGAAGCUGAGGUUCCAAAAUGUUGA